CACUCUGCUGGCACUGCCGCCAAUGGGCCCGAGGAUGGAGACCUGCUGCCGGCGCGUCCUGCUGCUGGUCAUUGUGGCCGCAGCAGCCACCGCGGUGCCUUCUCAACACAAGACGCUGAGCUAUGAAGAGGCCAUUGCCCUGGCCGUCGAUUUCUACAACCAAGGGUCAGGCAUCGACCAUGCCUUCCGGCUCCUUAAAGCGGACCCACAGCCUGAGUGGGACAUGACAUCUAACCUGCGGCAGGAGCUGAAGUUCAUGGUUAAAGAGACCGUGUGCCCGGUGUCAGAGAACCUCAACGGGACCGAAUGUGACUUCAGAGACAAUGGGGUGGUCAGAGACUGUUCAGGAUUCUUCUCCACCCAGCAGGAGUCACCCAUAGUCAUCAUCAACUGCAACACUGUGACCAAGGAGGAGGUCCAGGAGCCCAAGACAUCUGGCCCAACAGAAUUAAGAAUGGAGACCUGCCUGAAAGUCCUGCUGAUCAUCGGGGUGGUCACAGCAGCCCCCAUGCCAUCAUCGUCCCCUCUGCCAACCCACGAGGAUGCGGUUUUAGCUACAGUUCAGAUGUACAACCAAGAGCCAGGCACAACACUGGCCUGUCGGCUCCUGGAAGCUGAGCCUCAGCCAGACUGGGACGUGUCUUCGAAAACGAUCCAAUCGCUGAAAUUCACUGUUCAAGAGACAGUGUGCCCAGUAUCAGAGAAACGUGACUUCAACCAGUGUGAAUUCAAAGAAGACGGGCUGGUCAAAGACUGCUCUGGAUUCUUCUCCACUGAACAGGACCCCCCUUCCGUCAUUAUCAAAUGCGAGGAGGCGUCUGAGGAGCCUAAUGUCGUCACACGGGGCCGCUGGGGACGUUGGAGGAGAAAAGCUGGUAGGUUUAUUAAGCGAAAUCGCUGGAACAUCAUUGCUACCGGUCUCAAGUGGCUUGGCUAA